UUUAUCACUAUACACAGCCAUUCAUGUGUACUAUGCAAAGCAGAAAGGCAGUCAAGUAUUACCUGUGAAGUGGAGCUGAACGGCAGUAGAGGAGCAGAAAUCACACAUCAAACACCUCUGCACCUGAGCUAAGAGGAGGAAGACAUACAAAACGAAGGUGUUUCAGCUGCUCUUCGGCUGAUUUGAAGAUGGGGAUAAUUGACGAUGUUAAAGACACCGUGUCAAAGGCAGUGUUUACUCCUUCCACGCUGUUAUCUGGCCGAGGUGGGCUGCACAUGGCUCAGAUCAUUCUGUCUCUGGUCACAUUUGUCCUGGCUGCCUUCAGAGGAGGAAGCAGCCAUACUUACUGGAACUAUGCUAUGUUCACCUGGGCCUUCUGUCCCAUCAUGACCCUCAUCAUCACCAUCAUUGAGAUGUUAAAGCUCGAUAUCAUACUCAAUAUGUUUUGCAUGGACUGGGGAGACUUCGCCACAGGGAUGGCCAUGUCAUCAACGCUCAUGACCGUAUCUGUUGCUAUCACCUAUGCCAACUUCUACGCCUGCCUGAAAUGCCUGUAUGGCUGGAUAGUGACUAUAUUUGCUUUCUUGUGUGGCCUCGUCUACACACUUGAAGUGGUAAAGGACAAAUUCCUGGACAAGAAGAAAGGGAGCUACCUCGCUGCUAUGCCUGGAUUCUGGAAGGUUUUGGAGGCCUUUGUGAGCUGCAUGAUUUUUAUAUCACUGACGGGUUACAGAGACAGACCAGUUCUGAUAUUAUGUGUUAUAGCAUACGCUAUUCCUUUCCCAAUCCUCCCCAUAAUCAUAGCCACAAACAUCCUCAAGAAACUGAAGAAGUGUUUGCCCUUUAACCUGGACAGGUUUGUGUUUAUAUUUCUGGUGAUCUCUGUUGUGCUGUAUAUAUUUGCUGCUAUCAUGUGGCCCAUUUUUAUGUUCAGAAACAACCCACGUCCCAGUGAAUGUCCUCCCAGCUUCUGUAUCUGGGCCAUACAGUUCAUGGUUGCCUUUUUUACCUACGUGAAUCUCAUUCUUUUCACAGUGGAUCUAAUUUUUACCCUACUUGGUAUCUGCGGUUUUAAAAGCACAUGAAUUUUAUAGAACCUCCAGAAUUAAAAUGCACUUGUACUUCAAGUCUUUUUUGACACAUGCAAAUUAGUGAACUGUAGGCUUAAUGCUUAACAUGUCUUCCCAUAGCAUUACAAAAAUGUGUGCAUAAGUUAACUUUCCUUAUUAAUUAGAGGGUUUCUAGUUAUAAUAAUGCUUUUAAUGCUGCUGAACUUACAUGUUUACGUCUUCCUUCGGUGCCUGAGCACAAGGUAACUGGUCAUUUGGAAAACCUGAUGCCUGUCAAGAUCAGACGGAACACACAAGUGGCAAAAAGGUCAAAUAUCAGUCAUAAUGAUGCUGAGAAGAGAGGAAAAGUUUUCCAGUUUUAUUCUCUCAUAUUUUCUACUUCUAUAUAGAUUUUUUUUUAAUCCAAGAAUUCCAAUAUUAAUCUGCCAUGUAUUGUACUGCCAAGUUGAUUAAUGAGUCGUUGCUAAGUUUACUGGAUGAUGUAUAAUUAUAAUUAUAUGUAUAAUUGAAAUAUGAACUGCAUAUUUCUGCCAGUGAAUAGACCUAA